AUGACUUUCCUUCCAAAGUGGUUAACUUUUCUAAAAGGCAAAGAGGUUGUUAUUGCUAAUGCUAUAAUUGCAAUAUUAACAAUUGGUGGGCAGCAACUUUUCUCUUUUUUUACAUUCAGCUGUCCCUGUCAUGUUGGACAGAACCUUAUCUAUGGGCUGGCUUUCCUAGGAGUUCCUGCACUGAUCCUUCUGGUUGUUGGCUAUGCCCUGAAUAACCAGACUUGGAGGCUGGUUACAGGCAAAAAGUCUCCUCUUGAGGAAGAGACUACACCAAACCGGUUACUGCAAUGCAAGCUGAUCUGCUUUGUCUUGUGCAGCAUCACUGGGAGAGCACUGGUUGCUCCAGUAACGUGGCUAGCGGUCACCCUGAUAAAUGGCUCAUAUUAUGUCUGUGCCAUGAGUGAGUAUGUCUCCGUGCAUUACUAUGGAGCUGAUCUGAAUGUUACUGCUAGUGAACGCAGAAGGAUAUUGGCUACAUUUCCAUGCAGUCAGUUAGUUCCUCUGGAGCUGACCCAAGCAAAAGAUGAAGUGAUUCUCCUACUCCGAUACCAGUCACAAGUGGCUGGCUGGCUUCUGAUUGCUGUGGUAGUCAUCACUGUCUUCCUGUCUUACUGCCUGGCAAGCUGUUUCUCCCCACUCAGCUUUCUACAUUUCAGAUACUGGAGCAACUAUGUCCACAAUGAGCAGGAGCUCUUCGAUGAAGCAACAGACCAGCACUCCAGGCUCUAUGCCAUGCAGCAUGUAAGGAAGUUCUUUGGCUUUGCCCCUGGGAGUGAAAAUGUAAAGGAAAUCCGUAUCCCGUCUCUCAGAGAGUGGCAAGCCAUUUCUGGACUGGCCUUUCUCAAACGAGUGGAUGAGGAGCACUACGACUACAGCCUCCUCCAUGACUGGGCGCUCAAGGAGUCCGUAAAUGGAAAAUACCUGAAGACUGAUGAAGACCCUGUGACCAGAACACAGCUCUGA